AUGGCUCAGCCAGAGGUCACACAGCAGACUGACAGUUCAAAGGCACAUUGGCAGGAUGCGGAGGUGGAUGUCCUGCUUCACCACCUGAUUGAGAAUCGGGCAUCAGGUGGUGAUGGCGGAAAUUCCUCAAUGCCUACCUACAACAGUGCAGCAGCUGCUAUCAACACCGAUGGUACGAUUCAGACAAUAGGCCCACCGAAGACGGGCAAGAUGGUCAAGACGAAGUGGACCUCGCUCAAAAAAACAUUCAAUCAAAUCGAGGUUUACCGCAACGUGUCUGGCUUCCAUUGGGACAAUGUGCGGGGAGCUGGAAUUGAGGGCACUGCUGCUGCGAGCGUUUGGGAUACAUAUGUUGCGGCAAAGGUAUGUCAUUAUUAA